GUUUCUCUUCAAUUUGAAGUUCACUUUUUGUUAAUUUCCUCAUCAAAAUCAAAUGGAAGAACACCAUGUCUUACCAGUAUCCUAUCAUCAUCGUUCACAAACAAAAGUCUAUCCUCUGUCCAACAGCGACACGUCACAGCUCCAUCCAUCAAGGCCUCGUGUGCCCUGCGGCACGACAAGAUUGGCAAAACUCACUGCCCUUCCAAUCCUUAUAAUUGCAACCGCAAUCUCGCUGACUGCCUUAGUUUGUAUCCUCAUGUACUUCACUCUUGGCCCAAAACUCCCAGUUCUUUUCAUCAAUUCAAUGUCAGUCUCAAACUUAUCCACCACCAACACUUCAUUAAGAGCUAACUGGGAUAUCAACCUCACCUUCAAAAACUCAGACCGGUUGUGGGAAAUUUACUUGGAUUAUGUGGAUUGCAUUAUAUUCUACCAAGAAGAUUUCAGCCUGGCGGGGAACCACUCGGUUCUGGGCGCUGGCAUUCAGCCUUUCAAGGUUAAAAUGAUGGAAGAAAACACAAUGAAUGUGAAAUUGGAAACUGGGGAUAGUGUGUUUUCAUCAAAUAAGGUCUUGAACAAGAUAAACAGUGAUAAGAGAAACGGACAGGUGAUUUUUAAUUUGUCAGUGAGAGCAAAAACUAGAUUUGAGGGUGUUUCUUGGUUGUGGUGGACAGAAGGAGGAACUAUAAUUUAUGUUUGUGUGGAUUUAAAUGUAGGUUUUAAAGAUGAAAAAGGUGUAGGAAUUUUAAUCGGUGAGAUACCCAUAAGUUGUUGAAGCUUUUAGCCUUUUGCUGCUCUCCUCAUCCUUUCUUAAGAGUUUUCUGUGAGUAAAUAUAU